AUGCAAUUCAAGUCUACUGUUUCCGCUGCCACCUUCUUGGCGCUCCUUAACGUCGCUCAGGCUGCUGACAACGUCUGUUACAUUACCGCUUUGAUCAGUGAUGUCAAGAAUAACUUGGACCAGUACUUACCAUACGCCGGUGAAAUCCCGCCAGAUUUGUUGUCCUUGGCCCUUGCCGCUCAGACCUACACCGACGAUUCCUACACUACUUUGAUUACCUCAGGGUUCCCAUACGCUGCCAUCGAAAGCAUCGUCACUGGUCUUCCUUUCUAUUCUAGCAGAUUAUCUGCUGAAUUGGCUGCUGGUGAUGCUGCAUGUGCUCCAACCUCCGCCACUCCAACCUCUACUACUCCAACCUCUGCUGCUCCAACCUCUGCUGAUCCAACUUCUACUGCCGCUGCUCCUAGUACCAUAAUUAUUACUACUGCCGCGUCUACUACCCCGGUUAUUGUCGUUGACUCAACCACCCCAGUUGACACUGUUGCCUCAUCUACCGCUGUUGCCCCAGCUUCCUCCGUUGAUACAACUACCACCUCUAUCCCGGCCUCUUCCGCUGCUCCAGCUUCUUCUGCUCCAGCUUCCUCUGCUGCUCCAGCCUCUUCCGCUGCUCCAGCUUCCUCUGCUGCCCCAGUCUCUUCUGCUGCCCCAGCUUCCUCUGCUGCUCCAGUUUCCUCUGCUGCCCCAGUUUCCUCCGUCUCCACAACUUCUUACAACAAUGGUACUGAGUCAAUCGUCACCCUGUACGCCACUGAGAGCCUGUGGACCACCGAACUCAUCACCAUCACUAGCUGUGUUGAUAACAAGUGUCACCUUGUCACCUCUUACACCACCUACUGCCCAGAGACCGUUACUCCAACCACCGCUGUUCCAGCCACCGUCGCUCCGCAGACCACCACUGAAACCCUUACUAUCACCAAGUGUGAGAACGGUGUGUGUCAAGUUGUCACCUCUUACACCACCUACUGCCCAGAGACCGUUGCUCCAACUACUGUUGCUCCAACCACCGCUGUUCCAGCCACCGUCGCUCCGCAGACCACCACUGAAACCCUUACUAUCACCAAGUGUGAGAACGGUGUGUGUCAAGUUGUCACCUCUUACACCACCUACUGCCCAGAGACCGCUGCUUCAAAGCCAACUACCGCCGUUGUUCCUCCAGCCGUCACUUCCGCUCCUGAAAUCAACCAAACUGUUACUUUGACCACUGCCCAAACUGUCGUUUUCCCAGUUAGUUCUAGCAACGCUACUGUUCCUCAAGUCCCACUGGCCUCCACCUUAGUCGGUGCUGCUGCCGGUAACUCUAUUAACGCUGCUGGUUUGGCUGGUGUUGCUGCUGUCUUCUUGGCUUUGUUGUAA